GUUGACAGAAGCCGUAUUGCGAAAUCACGGUCGCGCCGCUCGAUCGUGCUCGUUUCAUUGUUAAUUAUUCGCCGGCCGAGAUUGCAUCUCCCGCUUAAUUGCUUGUUCCUCGCCGCUUCUUGGACACGUGAGCCCCGGCCUCGUCAUGUUCGACAAAUGCGUCCGGUGAGCGGCGAAUCAGCGGGACGGCGAUCUCGCGCGGAAAGAGACUGUUUAGCUGGGAAAACGGAUCGCCGGCGCUGUGCAGCACGAGAAUCAGAACCCGUGAUGCCACCGCCGAGUCGUCGGAAUCGUUAGCAGCGGGCCGAAAAAAAUGGCCUCGAUCUUGGGAGACGGAACGGGCCCCGGGGGCUCGGGACCAUCCCGAUGCCUCUUGCUCCUACAAAGGUCCUUGGCGAUUCAGCUGACCAGGGGUCCGCCUCCUCAAGUUCUGAACGCCGGGCAACGGGAGAGUCCUAAGGAGCAUCCAGCCGACGAGAUGUGGAUGUACGAUAAAGGUUACAAUUUGUUUCAGAGCUUCUUGGAGGCAAACUCCAAAUGCUGGUGGAACGCAGCCUUGGUGGACGCAACCCGACAACUCAGGUACAAGGGUCACGUGUCACCUGGCGUGCUGAUGGUCGGAGGACCACCCUGUGCCCUCGAGGUCUUGAGGGCAGCCUGGGCUCGAAAUGUCCUACGACCGCCGGCCGAUCAUGCGAUCACCUGUCUCGGGGACAUCGAGGAUUGCCUGGUCGCACCGGUCGCCCAGGGACAAUUCACACCGCUACCGGAAGCCCUUUGUUGGGCCAUCCUCGAGCUGACGUCUCAGAGGCAGGCGGCAACCCUGGACACGCUGCGAUCCGCGCUCAGGAACGCUUUCCCAGCGAUGCAGAGACCGAACCGCGAGCUCGUUUACGACGCCCUCGCGAAGCUGAUGCAAGAGCGAAAGAUUUAUCAUACGUCUCAGGGCUAUUUCGUCGUUACGCCGGAGACUAGGAGGCUGAGGCGCGACUCGAGCAACUCCAGGCGAUGUUCCCGGGAGGUGAGCGGAUCCAGGGGUCAGGGCAGCAUGCUGAUGACCAACGACGAGGCCAUGGCUCUCGUGCACGGCGAGAUGCUGACCUUGAGGGACGGCGAUGUCACGCAUCAAGCUGUGCAGACCAAUCUGGCGGACGUCAUUUGCGGAGGUAACCCGAAUGACAAAGUCCUGUUCGCGAGGUGUCGGUCAAUGCCAGGACGCCUGGAAAGGCGACACUCUCUCCGGCUUUGGGGAUCCGCCAGACGCUUGCACAGAAGUGGAAGUUCUCGGUCUUUGCCACGAAGGCCAGAAAGAAGCGACACUUCAUCGAGCGCAGAAUACGCGAGCACGGACAGCGCACCGCAUAGCCCAACCAGUUUCUCCGGGAUUUUUUCAGAGAAAAUAGGUCUACUCUCGAGGCUGUUCCGGCGCAGCACACGGAGGAAGGGUGCACCGUUAAUGGGCACGUUCAGCGCUCAGUAUCCUCCUACCGAGUGGUUUAACCCACGUGUCGUUCACCUACACAGCGUAGCCACGCAAACGAGAGCUGCUAGCCCUUCGAUGAUGGAGGGUUUAGAUCAAUCGCAGGCCAGUUUCCAAGUUUGGGACGAUUCGAGCUCGGUGCGAUCCGCCACCCUGCCGAGGCGGCAUCGUCGCCAAGCUAGCGGCGACUCCUCUAGCUUACUGGCGAACUCGACACCCAGAAGUUCCAGACGACAUCGAUCGCCGUGCUCGACCCUGCCCAGAUCGAAGUGCUCCAGUUUAAGCAGAUGCACGUCCAGAGCGUCCGUUCUUCCGCCGACCGGCAAUCAGGAAUCGUACCAAGGUCGCAAUCCGACGCAAAACGGCAAGAACUCGGCGAAUUCGUCGCCGAGCAGAAGCGGUGGAAGUUCCGGCUCUGUUCGAACCACGAACGCGAGUCCCGCGAAAACGGCCACGCUCGGCCGAUCCAGCACGAGACAGUCGAACUCACGACGGCCUAGCCACGAUUCCACUGGCAGUGGUACGAAAUCAAAUGGAUCGCCCCAACACAAGGUUUUGCAGAAGACAUCAUCCGGCCACUCGUCCCACUCCAGUGGAAAAUCGAUUUCCAGCGGUAAACUCUCGUCGUCGCCAUUGAAAACGUCCACACUGCCAGCCAAAUCCUCUCCAUUGAAAGUGGUUCAACAAGGGUCCCUAACCCCCCUACAGGAAGCACAGAACUCGAUCACUCUGCAGGUGUCCACGAACUUGACUCCGGUGAGUCCGACGCAAGAGCAACGCGCGAUACAGAACAGCGUGACACUAGCCUCGAACGCGACCAGCACGACCACCAUUUCCGGAUCCCCUGGCACGAAGAUCUACGUGCAGCAAAACAACUCGCCAAUGAGAUCGGUGAUCACCUUCGAAAACGGCACGGUAAAGACGAAAGUGGCUGAGAAGGAGGACUGCAAGGAGAAGCAAGAUCGAGAGUUGCUGGGCGAGAAGAUCUACAAAACCAGGAUAGACGAUGAGAAACUAUACAAAUCGAAGCUCGACGACGAGAAGCUGAACAAGUCGAGCAAGCUCGAGCGGCCGUCUUCUUUAUACGCUUCCAAAGAAUCAAAACCGAGCCUGCUAUCCGAAUCUGACAAGGAGAACAAGCCCAAAGUCGAGGAAGAAAUGUCGAACAAACUGAAACUGACGAACCGCCUGAACAACAGCCAGGCUCAUCUGAUCGACGGCUCGACGAACAACAUCGACAAGAACUCUUUGGUAAACGAGCAUCCGGCUACGACCCUGUCCAACACGAAAAACACCAACGACGCCAUGAACAAUUCACGAAAGCUGAGUCUCUCGCUGUCCAAGGACGCGUUGAGCUAUAGAAAUCUCUUGCGUCCAGGCUCAAAGAACAACAUAGCCUCUAAUCCGCCGUCGCCCACGAAAUCCUUCGACGGAUUCGGUGGAUCGUUCAACAACGUUUACAUCGAGAACCUUGAAGUGACGAAGCAGAGGGCUCCUCAGGGCUCAGAACCGAAUUUGGAAAAGACGGUCAGCCGGGGCGACCUCUACACCUAUCCCAGCCUGAGCGACAUGCAGGUGCAAUUCACCAGCCUGGCGGCGCAGAAGAUCCUCAAGGGAUGCCCGAUCAACAGCGUGGACACCUUGGUCGAGGUGAACACCGCGGCCGCCGAGAAACCGAAUAACUGCGACGUCACCGUGCACACCGAUUUCGGGCUCGUUUAACGGUUUCUUUCUCGUUGGACCGCGCGGUUCCUCGCGCGCCUCGUACAGUGAAUGAUUGAACUUUAGCAGGGACGGACCUGGUCCGUGAUAUAUACAUAUAUAUAUAUAUCGUAUCCCAGUACGGCCGCGUCGUGGUAGACGUGUUUACAUAGCGAACGGAGAAAACGGUGUACUGCUUAAGCAUAUAGAGAGCACUGUAAACAGUUACCAAUAAAUAAAAACGUUCAUUAUGUCUUGACCGACGCACGGCUCGCCGUCGCUCGCGUUCUUCUCUUUUACCCGACAGGUCUUUUCGCUAUUCGAAAAUCGUUUCCGGUUGUUUGUAUCGUUAAUCAUACCGCUCGUGCUUCCAUUGACCAUCUAUAUGCUUACGCGGAUGAACGUUCGUUAUAGCCUGGUUUUUUGUCGGCGAAGAGAUCCGAGGCAUAUGAUGAUCAUAAUAGCUGUCCAUUCCACUCUAAUUAGUCCAGGUUUAAUAACACAUGGAUAAUAGGAGGGGGGCGGAUGAGUAUUAUGGCUGUUAAUGUACUCGAGCCUUUUCUUGCGGAAGACGGGCUAUAAAUUGUAUAAAUAAAUGGCAGCCAUUCCACAGAAAGUAUUCGUUAGCUUACUUCUAGUUGUUUAGAGCACAUUCAGGAAUCCGGUGACAACGCAAUUCGCAAAACAGGAAACCUUUGCUUUUGGUAAACGUAUCCGUCGAGGUGUGAACGCGAUCGUUGCAUUGUCGUUUUUUGGCGAGUGGUUCGAUUCGUUUUUGUAGGACUCGCGGAGGAUUAUGAUUGUCUGCACUGCUCGGAACAAUUCGGAGGUACGGUGGAUUCUUUGGGGAACUCGAGGAAUUGACACAUCGGGGAAAUGAAACACUGCCUAUAAUGAUUACGAUGAUAUUCUCACGAAAUGUUCAAUUUACGGUGCCUCAUAGAUUAAUUCGUGUACUACCUUCUCCCUCGCACAAUGAAUAUACUUAUUAGAAUAUUAUAUUCGAGACUAAAGUUUAUUGGAACUUAAAUGUUAAGGUAUUUUCUCGAUGCAGAGGAUUAGAGUAUUUUCGUCGCGCACGAGACCGUCAACCGUGGUGUUCAAUUGAAUAGUCCGGAACGUUUGAUCGAUAGUCACAACUUAGCUAAUAUAGGAUGUAAACGGAUAAGUGUAACAUGAGAAAUCAAAAUGCAAUAAAUUGUUGUUGAUGAUAUUGCAAGGGAAACGUAAUGUAACUAGUGAUUUUGUAGGACUGUGCACGAUGGAUCAGUAGAGAACGCUGCGUAAUGCGACACAACUGUACAAUUUUCUAAAUUAUUCUUGAAACUCGAGUGACUGAAUUGUGUAUCAACCACUGAAUAAAACGAUUACGAAAUAAACAACGUCAACUACAGAAUCAUAUACUCGCAAGUUUUAUUUCAAGUGAAUGGAGAUUAUUUCAAAAAUUCAUUCGAAUACCAGAGCAAUCGUCCAAUUAUUUCGAGCAGUAUCUCCUAAUUUCUAGACACGUAUAUUAGCAAAAUUCAUCUGCAACUCACAAUGCAUCGAGCGAGUCACAUUUCGUCCGUCAAUCAUUGUUUCUUAUUAACUUAUCACGGGAAAAAGAGAUCGUCUAUAAACGGGUACCACAGCGUCGUAACGUUGGCAGUUUUGCAUCGCUUUACGAAGCUAAAGUGAUUUGCUAAAGCAAUACUUCACGUACGAUAGCCUGACAAUUGCCUUACUCGAACGAGAGAGAAAGAGAGAGUGACUGGGUGAGAACGAGAGAAACUGAGAGCGAAAGAGAGAAAGAGUCAGAAAGAGUGAAAGAAACUGUGAAAAUGAGAAUGAAAGGGAGAGAUACGAAAAUAUUUUGCGUGAAUCCAAAUACUGCCAAUUUUCUAGCGUCGACAUAGAUUAAUGAAAAAGAAAAAGCGUAAGGGAGACUCCGCGAGUCUCCGUUGGACGAUGUGUAAAAAGUGGUAAUUUAAAGAGCACCAUUCUUUCGUUUCCGGUUAUCCCAUCACCCCAACCAUCACCGCCCCAGAACGAGCGUCUACAAUAAAUCAGACGACAUUUUGUUUCGGUCGAUAUGCCAAAGUAGAAAGGGAGCGUAGCGCAGUCAACUUUUAUGAUAGAAUUUAGGCAUAGUCAUUGACCACGCGUGCACCACUAACAGAGAUGCGAAUACAAACGGAAGCGUACCAUAAGGAUAUUCUUAAUCGUAUUUCGAAUACCCGUAUUUGAAACGGGCUACGAAUUUUUAUACGAAACGAAAAUUCCGUUGGCCUCAUUGAUCGAUCAUCGGAGAAGACGAUUUUCUACUUGAAGUACGCAUUUAUAUACCUCUAAGGACAAACGGUCAAAGAAAUUAUCGGUGUGAAGUGUUUCGAUCGGAAUCGUUGCUCGUAACGGAAAAAUUUGAACGAACUUCGAUAUGCCGCGCGCACGCGCGGCGCGCUUGCCGCCGAUUGGCUCGAGAUUCGAACCGGCUUUCUUUCGUUGCACGCGAACAUCGUUGCGCGCCCGAGACACGGAACAGAACGGUGCAUGUCCCCCUCUUUCCGGAGAACAAGCGGUACCAUUUGAAUUGAUUAGUGCAAUGGUAAAAUCUAAGUGCCAAAACAAGUUCUUAGUACUUAAAUCGCCUUUGAACGGUCGCGGCGCGAUUCCGUGGCGGCACGACCGCGAUGGCGUCGCGCUGCGGACCGGCUGCAACCCGUUUAACGUUCGAAUCAUAAUUAUUAUUAACCUUAAACGUAAAGACACGUAGUCGUAAGACGGCAGGUAAAUGAGAGAGAGAGAGACCCCUGGACGCCGCUGUCGUGCCUGCUUUGUACAUUUCAUACAUUGUAUUUGCCGAUUAACCGAUUUAGCAAUCGCUCGAUACACCUCCGCGUCUUCCAUUUUCUCACGGAAAUGGGAGUACACGAGCCUUUUACGCCCUUAUUUCUUAUCGAAGACUAACUUGUAGAGUACCAUUGUGUAAUCUUGCUCUAUUAUAAUUAUAACAACGAAAGCGUAUGAUAAUAAAAC